AUGGAGGAGAAGAAGAAGAAGAAAGGCGACGAUGAAUCAAGACCGCCACUAAUGGCGUUAAACCAUGUGUCAAGACUCUGCAAAGACGUGAAAAAAUCUCUAGAGUUCUACACAAAAGUGUUGGGAUUCGUGGAGACAGAGCGUCCAGCAUCUCUCGACUUCGACGGCGCGUGGCUAUUCAACUACGGCGUCGGGAUCCAUCUGGUGCAAGUCAAAGACGAAAACAAGCUGCCUUCGAAGAACACUGACCAUUUGGACCCCAUGGACAAUCACAUCUCGUUUCAGUGCGAAGACAUGGAAGCUCUGGAGAAACGGCUCAAGGAAGUGGACGUCAAGUACAUGAAAAGAACGGUCGGUGAUGAGAAAGACGCAGCGAUCGACCAGCUUUUCUUUAACGAUCCUGAUGGUUUCAUGGUCGAGAUUUGUAACUGCGAGAACCUCGAGCUUAAGCCGAGAGAUUCGGGUUCCGGUGAUGCUAUACGUCUUCCGGAAGACCGUCACGCACCUCCUGUUGCUCUUGGUGGAUCCUCCGAGCAUAAGGAUACUAGAGUGCUUCAGACCAAUUCGUAA